GGGCCGCCUCCCGAGGCCGGUGACAUCACCGCAUUCCCACCGCGGCUCCUCCCGCCCGCCGCCGCCGCCGCCGCCGCAGGGACAGGCGAGCCGGGCCCGGGGGCGGAGAGGAAGUGCGGGGCCGCCGCGCCGACCCGUCCCCGCCGAGGCCGGCUCCCCCGGGCGGCUCGGGUGACAGCGUCGCGGCCGCCGGGCGCAGGGCGGGGCGCGCGCCGGGCAGAGCCGAGCGCCGGGCGGACGCCUCGGCGGAGACGCGCGGAAAAUGGCUGAUGACUUUGGCUUCUUCUCGUCGUCGGAGAGCGGCGCCCCCGAGGCGGCCGAGGAGGACCCGGCGGCCGCCUUCCUGGCGCAGCAGGAGAGUGAGAUCGCGGGCAUAGAGAAUGACGAGGGCUUCGGGGCACCUGCCGGCAGUCAGGCGGCCCUGGCGCCGCCGGGACCCGCGAGCGGGGCAGGUUCUGAGGACAUGGGGACCACGGUCAAUGGAGAUGUGUUUCAGGAAGCUAACGGUCCAGCCGAUGGCUACGCCGCAGUUGCUCAGGCCGACAGGCUGACGCAGGAACCUGAGAGCAUCCGCAAAUGGAGAGAGGAACAGCGGAAACGGCUGCAGGAGCUGGAUGCUGCCUCCAAAGUGAUGGAACAGGAGUGGCGGGAGAAGGCCAAGAAGGACCUGGAGGAGUGGAACCAGCGCCAGAGUGAACAAGUUGAGAAGAACAAGAUCAACAACCGGGCAUCUGAGGAGGCUUUUGUGAAGGAAUCCAAGGAGGAGACCCCAGGCACAGAGUGGGAGAAGGUGGCCCAGCUGUGUGACUUCAACCCCAAGAGCAGCAAGCAGUGCAAAGACGUGUCCCGCCUGCGCUCGGUGCUCAUGUCCCUGAAGCAGACGCCGCUGUCCCGCUAGGAGCCUGCCACCAGCAUGGCCACCAAGCAGGGGCCGGGCCGGGUAGAGGAGGAGCAGCUGCUUUGGCCAGCGGGGAGAUACCUCCAGCAGCUGCUACACAGCCUAUUCCGUUCCUCCCCAUCUUCUGGGGCCAGGAAGGGGAACCCUCACCCCCUCACCAGUCAUUCCCUCACGGCCCUACAGCCCAGCCCCUCACACCUCCUCUCAGUCCACAAAAUUGUGACUGUCCCUCCUGAUGUAUUUUUUUUUUCUCUUGGCUUAAAGGGUGUGUUGUUAACUCUU